GAAAAACCAACCCAAUGCUGCUAUGUUGAAACAACAACAACAGCAGCAGCUGGCCCGUAUGCCCAACAGCAUGCCCAAUGCCAUGACUAAUAACAUGGGCUCUGCUAUGCCCACCUCCAUGCCAACCAGUAUCCAGGGUGCCUUGCCUGCACAGGCCCAGUCAUGGCAGCAGCAGCAGCAUCCAGGUCUCCAACCCGGCUCUGCUAACGGAGGCAUGCCAGCAGGUUUCCCCAACUCUGGCUUCCACAUGCAGCCAAGAUUGUCCAAACUUUCCAACAACACCCCAUUUCCCCAGGGUGGCAUGGGGAACAGUGCAGCUGGUAGGACCCUGACAGUAAUGAAUCCUGGACAGAUGUUGCCUAACAUGAACCAGCAGCUGCCCCCUCCUGGCCAGCAGAUGGUCCAGCAGGCGCAAGCGCCGCCUCAAACUCAGCAGGUUCUGUCUGACUUGGGGCCCUUCAGUCAGCCACAGGCCGGACCUAACCGCACCGCAGGACUUCAGUGCAGUCAGGCCUAUCAGAUCAACAGGACAGCCAAUCAGCAGCUCCAGUUUAGCUAUAACGCCCAAUCGGGAGGCAGCUUGUCCGGGUUUCCUGCCGAGACAGACCUAGUGGACUCUCUGUUGAAAAAUCCAUCGACACAAGAGUGGAUGGAUGAUCUAGACGAGCUGUUGGCCAGUCACCAGUGAGUGAUGGCCAUGGGCCAAUAACAGCCAAUGCUGGUGCCUUUGGUAGAGGAGAAAACAUAAACAUCCACUUUCGGAUGUUUUCGGAUAUGGUGAAACUGCUCAUAUCACACUCAGAUCUGCUGUGUUCUCUGAGUAUGUAUAUGGUGUAUAUAAAAGAGGUCAAGUAGAGCACAGAGCCCGUGUCACUGAAGUAUUCUCUGGACUGGAAAUUUCAAAGAGGGAACUGCUCUACUACUGACCCUGUGGCUCAGUAAAACCACUGAAUUUUCUUAUGAGUGUGAGCUCAAACACUAGUUGAGCCAUUCACACUGUUGUGUUGCCUAUGUGUUCGCUGUAGGCAUGAGGAGGGUCUGUUCAAUGUCAGGAGUGUCUUGAGUCUCUUGACACACUUCCACAGGCCUUAAAUUUGCACUCUUGAAGAUGCACAAUAUGUGAUUUACAGUAAAACGGUCUAAAGCAGUAGUUAACCCAAAAUUGAGCAUAUUUGAAUCAUUUACUAACCAUGUCGGUCCAAACCCAUGUGAAUUUGCUUCAUGAGGGAUGUCCAGUCCAGCUCCUGGAGGGUCACCUUCCAGCACAGUUUAGCCCCAACCCAAAUUCGACACCUGAACCAGCUAAUCAAUUCUACAGGAUCACUAGGCAAUAGAGAUGGUCUUUUUAUGGGGAGAUGCCAUUUGACACUCGCAUCAUAUCCUUGACGUCACUGAAUUGCUGUCAGAGAUGUACGAAGGUCAAUAACAGUUUGUGGAUACCAUAGAAAUUGAGAAGUGCCGUAAACUGAGUCUUCCCCGAUGCAAAACAUUUUCACUGUAAACUCCAAAAAUUAUUACAAAUUCCAAAAUGGCUGUUUAAUGGCAAACAUGUUGAUUCAUAUAGUAAUAAGCUGCUCAUCACAAAAGCAGUUCAUUCAGAGUACUGAAGCCUCUUCUCCACAGACAUCCAUUCAAAUGUGGACUGUGGCCCUCUAGAAAGAGAUCAGACUUCUGCUUUUAGAGGUUUAUCAGAAAACUGACGCUGUGUGUAUUAUCAUUCUUCAGAUUGUCUCAUUUGUAUGUUCCACUAAAGAUAGUCAUGCGAGUUUGGAACGACAUGAGGGAAUAAAGGAUCACAACUUUAGUUGAACUGUUACUUUAAGUUCCAUAUGUUCAUUGGUUAGUUUCUCAUUGACUAAAUUUAGGAAGUAGAUGCUUUGUGGUUUGUUUAAUCAGGCCAUGACCGCUUGAAGGCGUGUAGCUGAGACUAAUAGUGAAGAUGAACUGAUUAACUCUACAGUGCCCCAGUGAAAGUAGAUUGCGUCGUUACACUACACUAAGAUGUUUUAUUUUUUAUUUUAUUUUUUUUCUGAAAAGCUCAGAGCUUCUGUGUUGGUGAGGGUUAAUAGUCCUGUUUGUUUUCUCCCUCUGGUGUCUGAUGUUACAUUGAGGGCAGGUCAGGUGGCGGUCUGAACCGCGUUACCUGAACUCUCUCUCCAUCUAAGAUUCUGUGACAGGAUUUCAUGUAUAUUUAUAUAUUUUUUGUAUGUAUGCCGUUUCUAUUGUUCAGGAGAAGAUAGAUCUUAUUUUUAUAUGUACAUUGAUGCAAAAUUGUGUAAGUAUUUUAUACUUUUUAUUAAUGUUCUCUGUAAAACGAGAGUAUUGUGUAAAUAUAGUUCUCUAGAAACGGUCUUGUUUGGUGUGUUUAUUGAGCGUUUUGGGUGAUUUGUGCAUUAGCAACUUAGUUUUGAUGUAAUGAGGUUCAGGAAAGCUUCAGAUAAUACUCUAAUGCAGGUGAACAUACAUGAAACAUUCUGAUAAAUGUACCCCCCCCCAUUUAAAAAGCAUCUUAACACACUAUCCAUGGACAAAAUGAUUGGCAAGUCAUGGAAUACAAGCAUGACUGGCUUAAAAUUGAGGAGGCAAAGGCAACUUUUGUUCAGAAAUUGUAAAAUGAGUUGUUA